AUGAGUCCAUUCCCGGAGAGGUUCUUCAAGUUCGGCUACGAACCUCAAAACAAGAAGGUAAACACGUACUUCCAGCUGAACUACCUCGAUGCUAUUACCUUCGCACUUGAAGAUGACCACAUCGCAAAGCUUAUGGACUCCCAAUUUGGGAAACUUUUUCAAGCUGGCAACAAGAUCGCAUCUUCCGUUAGGUUUCUCCACUAUCUGCUGUCUAGGCAACUCGUUACCAGUAAGAAGAAAGAGAUAUGGUGUCUUUUCUCUGGUCAGCCAAUUCGUUUCUCGAUGAGGGAGUUCGCUAUUGCAGUUGGUUUGGAUUGCUCGUCUCUACCUUCGACAUCUGAAGGUGAUGAUGAUGAGAUCAAGAGUUACACUAAAGAAUUGUUUGGGCCUGGGAAAAAUGCAACUCCACUUUGGAUAGCCAAUACUCUUUUGGGCAGGCCGUACAAGGACAAAGAUACCAGAUUCAAGCUUGCUUGUCUACUACUUGUUGACGGGAUAGUGUGCCCCACCUCUAAGAAUACCAAAAUUAAUGGGGAUCAUAUCUUGAUGGUUAGAGAUGUUGAUGACUUUCUCUCAUAUCCUUGGGGUCGCAAAUCGUUUGACAUCACCAUUGAAAGCAUCAAAACGAGAACUGCUACUCUGUCCAAUCUCUGUCAGCCGACCUGUGCGAUUCAAGGCUUCUUACACGCCCUUCAAAUGGUGGUUUUAGCUUGCGUCCCCAACUUGUUGUCUAAAGAUGUUAAGGGGAAGAAACCAAUCUUAGCUGAUGAUGAUGAGGACGACGAUGAUCUCCCAUUAAUACGCCCCGGUGCCCAGAAACCAAUUACACUUCAGAUGAAUCAUAUCAAAAUGGUUGACAAAGACGCAAAGGUCGUUGUAAAACACAUCCUCGAUGAUGAGGACUCAGUCUUAGACGACAAGAUUAUGGACGACGACGAGGAGGACUCCAAGGUGGAAGAGUUGCUGAGUGCCAUUGAAGAUGGAACUGCAUUCACCAACAAGUCCUUCGUUGGCGGAGUAAAGGCAUCCGAACAUAGUAAGCUUCCAAAGCAUCCAUCAUCCUCAACAUCACGAAAAUCCUCAUCCGAUGGUGAUGACGAUUCCGGUGUAUCUGCAUUUUUAGAGAAAUUACUUGCUGGAAAUUCCAGCAUUUUGAAUGCGGUAAACACACUUUCAACUGAUUUAGGAAAGAUUCGACGUGAUGUCAAAUCGGCAGUCACUGAGUUAGCUGCUUUACGCACCAAGUUCACUAAAUUCAAAAAGACGAAUCGUUCUACUGACACCUUGCCUGCUUCAACCUCAAAGAAAGUUCAAAGAAAAGAACAACAAAAAGUUAACCAAGGAACAGAGACAGAGGACAUUGCAGCUGUCCAAGAUCCAAUUCCCGAGACCCGAAAGGUUACCGGUGACCAUGAUGACCAGGAAGGGAAGAAUCAAGUGAAUGAACCGAAAACUGGUCAUGGUGUUCACGGUUCUCAAGUUGAAGUUAAAAAGGAAUUUACUUUUACCGAUGAGGCUACCCAGGCGACUAAUACGAUUGAUGAGGUUACCGGUGACCAUGACGACACAAGCGUUUCCAUUUUUGUUGCGGAUAAAGAACCGGUACUAUUGAAGCCAAUAGUAGAUGAUCCUCCAGCUUUUUCUCUAGGUCUAACGCAGGAAGAGAAAAACCGCGAGGAAUCUCGUCUAAGAGAACAAGAGGAUAAGAGAAAAACGGAUGUUGGAGAUUCUUCCAAAUGUCCUCCUCCAACACGUAAAAGCGUGCGCGCCAGAGCUGCAGCUACAUCUGCAGACUUUGUUUACCCUCAAAAACGGCAGAAAAAGACCGACAAAUCUGCAGAGUUGUCUUCUUUCUUUCAUAGACCGACCUCUGAACAAUAUGGCAUUCGCCUUCCUUCGAACAUCUUUAAUCAGAUCAUGUCUUGUAACAAGCCAGUCAGCCCAUUGUGCAUGAAUGCCAUAGUUGCCUCAAUUCGUGAUGAGCUGUGGGCUACGAGAGAAGCUCAUCCCAUCAAUUACGAUUUUGUUGAGUUCGGAUUAAUCGUCGAAAUUGUCAGGCUUCAUGACCAAUUUCUAUCAAACUCGAAGAAGGGCAAGAUAACCCUGCCCAAAGGCACCAUAUCCUACGUCAAAAACAGAUUUCCUUGGUACACUGUAGUCGGUCGUCUCUACUGUCCCUUCCAGAUUGAUGGUAGGCUUUGGAUUGGUCUUUGCAUCGAUUUGGAGGCACACGAUAUAGCUGUUUUUAAUUGCAACCCAACAAUUAAGGAGAUGAAGCUUAAGACCCUGAUAGUACCACUUGCCGAAUCUCUUCCACACUUCAUCAGGAAAGUAGCGUACAACUCAGAGAUGAAGAACGACACCCUAGACGCAUUCAACAUUUCAAUUGCUAAGCCUGUUUUCCAAUCACCAAAUUAA